AUGGCCAUUCCCCACGAAACAAUUCCCGGCACAGAUGUGUACGGCCCAGGCACAUUUAUCGACAAGACUGUCCUUCCCGUGCCAGAAGAUGCCAAGCGGGUAUUCGAGAUCAUCGCGUCCAGAACACCUGGUUUCACCCAGAACAAGGCCGCAUGGGACACUGUUCACUUUGAGGGGCAGCCAAAGCCCAUGGUUCCAGGCCCAAUUAAAUCCGCUGUUACGAGCGCCGUGCUUCAUGCUAUGGCCGGUCUAGUCGGAAAUGAGUUGCUGGAGCUUCGUGAUGGAAAGCCUGUGACAGAGGGCAGUGUCACAGUGGACACUGACCACGCUGGAAUUUGGCUUGGUUCCGUCUUCACCACCCACAUCGAAGGCCUGGACAUGUCGGCAUGGAUGAAGUCGGGAAAAAUGGGGUCUUUAUUUCCCAAAGACUAUGAGCAUGGUGUAUUCCAGGGCAUCGCUGGCCGAACGACGGCGAUUUUCCAAACCAAAGAUCCCAAAGUCUGGUAUCAGUUGCAUGGUUCUUUGGAUGCUGCAAAAACACUCGAGUCUAUGGGAAUUGACGCCAGCGUCAAAUUCGACAGGCCUCAGGAAUACUACGACUAUAUUCAAAAACAUAUCCUUCAGUGGAGCCCGGAUGAGCUUGAGAUGCACAACGUGCGCCAUGGUCUCUGUGGAAGUAUUUGCUACUCACCUGAAGGCUGGAGGAAGACUGAGAUGGGAAAAAGGCUGAACAUGCACCCUUUGGUGAAUUUUGCCGAACAGAAAUAUGCUAAAUCAACACCCCCCGUACCGCUCGUCAAGGAUCUACCUGAUCAUCGCCCGCUUGCCGGAAUCAAGGUCCUGGAGAUGGUUCGAAUUAUUGCCGGUCCUCAGAUCGGUGUCACGCUGGCAUCUUACGGAGCCGAUGUUAUCCGGGUGAAUUGUAGCAGACUGAUCGACCUGAAUGUGUUGCAACUUGUCUUGAACGCGGGAAAACGGACCAUUGACCUUGACAUUACCAAGCCGGAAGACAUGACUCGUCUCCAAGAGCUUCUCGCCGAUGUUGACAUCUUCAUUCAAGGCUUCCGAAUGGAAUCUUUGAAAAACAGGGGCCUCGGCCUACAUGACCUUUUGGAAUUAGCCGCCAAGAGAAACAAAGGAAUCGUUUAUGUUGACGAAAAUGCCUAUGGACCGGAUGGUCCUUUCCAUGCACGACCGGGCUGGCAGCAAAUCGGAGAUGCCGCAUCCGGAAGCUCCUAUGUUAUGGGCAGAUCGCAGGGUCACGAAGAAGGAAAGAGUGUGUUACCACCUCUCCCGGUCUCCGACAUGGUUACUGGAAUUGUGGGCGCAUUGGCAGCCAUGAUGGCAAUUCGCGAUCGCGCGAUAAAUGGUGGUUCAUAUCACGUUACUAGCUCCCUUGUUGCUGCGGAUGCCAUAUCUCUGGACCAGGAAGUUGGUUUGUACCCGAUCGACGUUGUCCAAGAUACCGCCAAGCGCCUUGCGUUCCCAGACACUACCCCGGACCAGUACGUCUCGGAGGUUUUGGUAUCGGUUGUGAAUGGGUGGCAGAAAGCUCUUCCUGGUUAUCUGGAUGAAGACUCGAAGCUGAUGACAACCUUCGAAGGGGGAUUCUGGAAACGCCAGACUAUCUUGAAGCCUGUUGCGCGACUCGGGGAUGAGGAAUCAACACCAAGGUGGACAUCACCACCCGUGCCUCAUUGCCAUCAUGACCGCUCAUCAACCUGGCUCUGA